UGUCAAACUCACAUGUUUUGACUCUUGAGCCGCCUGCUUUGUUGUUAUCCAAUCAGUGCCGACCGGAAUCUUUCUUUUUAGUUCCGCCGAAAUGUCCACCCGUUGGUAUCCGAUCUACCAGCGCGGCAACCCGCAGCUGCGCGUUUUUCUACCCAACUUUUGGCUCAAGCUGAUCCGGCCGGAGCACGAGCAGCCACCGAAUGUCGUCCAGUUUGCGUGCUCGAUGGAGAUGACCAAGUACGACGUGCGAAACUAUCUGGAAAAGAUCUACAAGAUUCCGGUGGUGGACGUGCGGACGCGCAUCGCCAUGGGCAAGACGAAGCGGGACCAGGUCAUGGGCUAUAUCACCAAGGACGAGGACACCAAGCUGGCUUACGUUACACUGCCAAAAGAGAUGAAAUUUGAGUUUCCCAAUCUGUUCCCGUCGGAGGCCAAAGAGAAGCUGGAGGACGACAAGAAGUCACUGGACGAGGCCAAGAAGAACCACAAGAAAUUCCUGGAGAAGAACAAGGACAGGCCUGGCACACCCGGCUGGUUUACGAUUUAAGUUCCUUAUGCUUUUUGAAUAGAUCUUAGUUGAAAUUAAA